GGAUGUCGACACCGUGCGAAAGUUUUCCUCAAUCUAACUCCAAACUGUACUCGACAUCAGCCAUGAACAAAAAAUAUUCCCGAUUUCGGCCAGUGUUGGUUAUUUUUAUGUUCAGUGUCCAUCUGGUGUUCGCCAUGGCGAUCGUUGGGAUUGGGCUAGCUGGCUCUAUCCUGGACUGGCCAUCAUCGGACGGUGAUACAUCGGGCCCGUAUUUUUACGUCAUUUAUCUGCGGGUCUUAUAUUGGCUGCUUGCGUACGUGAUCCAUGCACGCAGCAAACGCGAGUUCGGUAAGCUGGUGGAGGCAGAUUUUGAUCGAUACCGCACCUUCAGUGUGUAUCGCAAAGCCCCUCUUCAGAUCGUCACCAUUUGGAACGUGAUCCUGUUGACGGUACAGAACCAGGUACGGUUGUUGGUUCCGUACGAUCAGCUUCCAAAGCGAUCGGAAGACACCAACGCUUCCCACAAAUCAGAGGGAAUCCAGCUUAAUCCAGCGAUCACACCGCAAGUUUUUGUGACCGUCGUAUGUGCCUUGGAGCUGCUCGUGCUACUGUGCUUCUAUGUGCCGCUAGUGCGGACACUGAUCGAAGUCAGGAGCGCCGAUGGGCAGCACAAGGACACGGAUCUGCGGUACCGUCGCAUGACGGACACGGAACUUGCGGAGCAACCGAUUGAUUGGCAGCUGGACCGGCACGCUGAACUCAUCAAGCAGCUUCGCAAUGAGUACGAACAGUUGCAACGGGAAGCAAAAUUGUACGGUGUCGAUGGUUCCUGUUAGUCUUGCCGCGAUUGCUCAUCAGUGUUUAAGGUCCUAGUGUAGAAUUGUAACUAGAAAACCCGAAACUGCGCACCAUGAUCGGGUUUGACUGUGCCAGAGCGCGACGAAUAAGUUCGAGUACUUGAAGCUUCGAUAGUAGCUGCCGUUUUCUCGACUAAGAGAAACGCGGGACGAAUUAAAAGUCGCAAUUGUUGGAAUGCAAUCAUGUGUUUUCUGGUGUUCUUCAUUAAAUGUGUGUAGCUUGCACAUGUUCCGUGACCUUCAGA